AUGACCAACCAGGCUGCCGCGAAGCAUACCCACGAUGCAAUGACAAAGGAAGAGAUAGCAGGCGCUGAGACGCCGAAUCAACCUCAACCUGCAGUCGCUCCCGGCUCGUCGAAGCGCCCCAAUGCAUUUACAGAACUUAUGUCACAGACGAAAAAACCAAAGCCACCUACCAUACCCGCCGCAGACGGCCCAGGCCUUGUAGAGAAGGCUACGAAGACAGUCAAGCGCUGGGACCCGCGGAAUGGAUUGGGCGUAUACAUCGAGAGUCCCGAGACCAACCCGGAGAACAAAGUACUAGAGUACGACGAGGACUUUGUCGUGAUAACAGACAAGUACCCAAAAGCGAGUGUACACCUCCUACUCAUUCCACGAAAACCCAAAUAUUACGAUCAACAUCCUCUCCACGCGCUGUCCACAGACGCCGCCUUCCUUGCCGAAGUAGAGAAACGCGUCAUCCGACUCAAGGAUCUCGCUGCCUACGAACUCCGACGUCAGUAUGGCGACGUUAGCACCACGGACAAACCCUACAACGAGGCUCUGGAAGAAAUGAUGUGCUCUCGCAACCCACCACCAGUGGAAGAACAAGCUUCCCUCCUCCCACCCGGUCGGGACUGGUCAAAAGACAUCGUCGUAGGCGUGCACACCCAUCCCUCGAUGAAUCACCUGCACAUUCAUAUCUUCAGUCGAGACAUGCAUUCAGACUGGAUGAAACAUAAGAAGCACUACUUGAGCUUCAAUUCUAGUUUCCUUGUUCGAUUAGACGAGUUUCCACUAGAGGAAGGAAGCGAGAGGUUUGCACCUGGUGACUGGCCCAGCUGGGAUAUGAAGUGCUGGCGAUGUUCUAAGAACUUCAAGAACAAGUUUACAGCGCUGAAACAACACCUGAAUGAGGAGUUUGAGGACUGGAAGAGGGAAUGA